AUGACCAGAAAAGAUGGUCCCAAUCGUAAUAGCUCCGCUGCGAGCUCCAGCACUGGGAGUUGGAAAUCUACUGAUACGAUAAGAGGCCCAGGAUCCCCAUUCUUCCAGGGUUCAUCAACGAAGAGAGGACCUUCAACGCAGGUGAAGACGGAUAGAACAAGGGUAGAAAGUGAUGCUCAAGUUUCGCCGACAUCUGCCGGUCCUCGAAGCACAAUAUCUCCAUCAUCAUCUAUAUCUCCCAAUGUAUCCCCACGGGAGCAAAGAAUGGCCGAAUUCGGCAAUUAUCGACGUGAUCUCGCAGUCCUCGAAACCUCUGGCGGGCGCAUUCCUCAAAUUCAUCAUAAUCCACCAACAGCGAUAGCAUCUUCAAGUCAGAUGGCUCCUUGGAUGUCUACUGGAAGCAGCGCAACAGGUUCACCAAAUGGAUUCACUAGCUUCUAUAAUGAUUCGAGCGAUGCAUUGUCGCAAGCUUCACAGUUGUCGCCGGCUGCGAGACCUGGAACGGCGGUAACUGGAAAUACCAAUACGAGCGAUUCACCCGCAGAUGCAUUCUUUAGCGAUGGCGAUGAAAGACGACCAUCGGUGGCGAGUAUAAUGACGGCGAGUAGUACUGGAUCGAAAUCCAGUCUCAAUAGGGUGGUAGGUGGGCUUCACAAAAAAUUGACAAGUUUCUUUGGCGAGGACCUUCCCGGUGUAAGUUCAUCCGACACGAGCCUUCCACCUCAAGGAAAGGAGGCACGAUCGCAUUCAUUUGCGCGGAGUCAACGAGACCGAAAUCAUUCAUCUGCCACAGAUCACGGACAUAAUAGAGACGCAUCCCCAGCAGGUGGAUCCCGACCUAUAACACCCUUGCCAUCUAGCGAAGUUGUUCCAUUUUUAUAUCAGAAUUCCCAGGAUAUACAAACGUAUGGAGAAGCUCCCGUGCGAGAGAAUCUUUCGGGCCCUGAUAGAGAACGCUACAUAAACGAUAGCUCCGAUAAACCACCCAAAACUUCUUCGUCUUCUAAAUCUGCACAUGCUCACCACCUCCCCGGGCAUCAUCUACGAAAUCGAAGCAACGAUGACUCUAGAUCCUUACGACCGACCAUAAGCAGAGAGGAGUCCGCAUUCAGCACGCGCUUCAAGGACCGAGGUAAUCCGAUGGGCUCGGCUGCGGUGAAUGCUUCCAAUCCUACUAUUCAACGACCGAAGAGCCCAACACCGAGUGGCAUGAGUACGUGGAGCCAAACAACCAAGGGCGGCAAUAGCGAUAGUCCAUCAUCACCCAGAGACAAUAAUAAUGGCCCGAAAAGGAGUCUUCUAAACUUGACCAGUCGAUUCAUGAGGUACAAGGACAAAGAUCACACUCCAUCUCGCCUGAAAGAAACGCCAGCACCGAGUCGGGCACCAAUUAAUAAAACCUCGAGGCCAGAUGUAGGAAAGUUAUACGAUUCCCCGGAACUCGCACAAUAUAGCCAAGAUGGAAGCAUUACUGGAUCAGAGCUCAAUCUUACAAGCCAGCUUACGAACGGUAAUGCUCGUCCGACGGGUGUACGACAAGGCGCUUUUCCCAAGCUGCCAUUUCGAAAAGGUCGAGGACACAGAGGUGCAGAGGAUUUGGACCAAUCAUACGAUACAAUGGAUCGCAGUGGGGACAAUAUCCACCAUCUUGACACAAAUUUAUCAAAUAUGGAAGGAAUCCUGACAAAGCCGCCACCUUUAACUCCACUUGACAACAGCAUUUUUAACGGACACGUUGAGGACGACGUAAAGGCAGAUGCCGAAAGCGCAGGCGGACUCGGAUGGAAUGCGCCAGACAGCUGGGCUGUGAAGAAAGUUGAUGACGAUAAUAUGUCGCGACUUCUAGAGAUUGAUGAAGCAGGUAUUCCUCAAAAGUCAGAUGAAAGAGCGAUUCCUUAUUGCAUAAGAAUAUUCAAAGCGGACGCAACUUUCGUUACAUUGUCAACUUCGCUUAACACUACCGUUACCGAUCUCGUGGCCCAGCUCAACAAGAAGACUUAUCAGGCUGACACCCCGGAGAACUUUCAGAUUGUAAUGAAGAAACAUGACUUGCAACGGAUCCUUGGUCCUGGCGAACGUCCUCUUGUCAUCCAGAGGAGGCUCUUGGAGCAAGCAGGAUACGAGCCUCGAGAUCGAAUUGAAGAUGUGGGAAGGGAAGACAACAGUUAUCUCUGCAGAUUUUCCUUUCUUCCGGCUAGGCAAGGCGGUUAUGCAUCGGUUUCCAACGACACUGGGCUUAGCCGAGUCCAGAAAUAUAGUCAUGUGGAUCUGUCAGGAAAGAAUCUCAUCACUAUUCCGAUAGCAUUAUACUCCAAGACUUCAGAAAUCAUCUCACUCAAUUUGUCGCGGAAUCUGUCCCUUGAUUUGCCCAAGGAUUUUAUUUCGUCAUGUGUAAACUUAAGAGAUAUCAAGUUCAUCAACAAUGAAGCAUGGAAGCUCCCAGCCAGUCUCAGUCGAGCCAAUCGGCUUACAAUACUUGAUGUUUCCAACAAUCGACUGGAGCAAUUGGAUCAUGCCGAACUAUCGAGACUACAAGGACUCAUUAGUUUGAAGCUCGCCAACAAUCGACUCAAAAGUCUGCCUUCGUAUUUUGGCCUCUUCAGGUCGAUGAGAACUUUGAAUCUCUCGUCGAAUUUUCUAGAAGACUUCCCUGAAUUCCUGUGUAAUAUGUCUGGUUUGGUAGAUAUUGACAUGAGUUUCAAUGGAAUAUCAAAUCUUCCCAUCGAGAUCGGUAAACUUACCAACCUGGAGAGAUUCGUCAUCACAAACAACCGGCUAAAGGGUUCCCUUCCGGACUCUUUUGGAGAUCUUGUGAAUAUCAAGGAAGUUGACAUUCGAUACAAUUCGCUUUCGAGUAUUGAUGUCAUUGCCACUCUUCCCAAGGUCGAACAAAUUUCCGCCGAUCACAAUGCAGUGUCCGUUUGUGAAUGUGAGUUUGCCAAAAUCCGAAUCCUUCGACUGAACUCAAAUCCUGUAACGAAAUUUGAGAUUAAAAAUUCGGUUCCCUCUCUCACAACACUCAUUCUCUCCAAUGCAAAGCUAGCAGCAAUCCCUGACGCUGCCUUUGACAAAAUGCCAAACCUUAACAAGCUCGUACUAGACAUAAAUCACUUUGUCUCGUUACCUGCCCAGAUUGGUAAGUUACGCAAACUGGAGUACUUCAGUAUAGCUCGGAAUGCAUUGAGCAGUCUUCCUGCGGAGCUUGGGUGCUUGACAGAGCUUCGAUACCUUGAUAUAAGACAAAAUAAUCUCAAGAAACUUCCCAUGGAGAUAUGGUGGGCGAACAAGUUGGAAUUCCUCAAUGUUUCUUCUAAUGUUCUGGAUAACUUCCCGAAGCCAGGCUCAAGACCUCCUCAGCCACCUGGUGAUGUUGGUUCCACAAAUGGCAACAAUACUGGUCCAAAUUCACAAAAUUCAAGCUUCGAAGAGCUAGGACCUUUGGACUUCGGGCACCGGCGACCAAGCCAGGCGUCUAGUGGGCUUCUCAGUGUAGGUAGCUCCCCGGUCCCUGAUGCCAGGAAAGGGUCUGUCGUGUCUGUUUACGGGAAAGGAGGACGUAAAACCUCGGUGGUGUCAAGAAGUACUUCGGCAAGUACAAUCAAUCAUCCACCACCCACAAAUAUACGCAAGGACUCUGGAUUAUCUGCCAAACUUGUCAAUACAUUCGCUGGAUCUCUGAAAAGUCUUCAUUUGGCUGACAACGGACUUGAUGACGAUGUUUUUGACGAAAUCACUCUCCUCAGCGAAUUGCGAGUUCUUAACCUGUCCUACAAUGAUCUUAACGAUAUGCCGUCAAGGUCUAUUAAGAGCUGGCCACAGCUGGUUGAGCUUUAUCUCUCUGGAAACGAGCUUACUUCCCUCCCUUCCGAUGAUUUCGAAGAAUUCAGUCUUUUGCAAGUCUUACACAUCAACGGCAACAAAUUCCAGACCCUACCUGCAGAGCUUGGGAAAGCCCAUCGGUUGUCCGUUCUGGAUUGCGGUAGCAACUCUCUGAAAUACAACGUCUCAAAUUGGCCUUACGAUUGGAACUGGAAUUGGAAUACUAAUCUAAAAUAUCUCAACCUCUCUGGCAAUAAACGUCUAGAGAUCAAACCGUCGUUACCAGGAAGCGGAGGUGCUCGAGAUGGUCAUGAUCUCACAGAUUUCAGCGCAUUGCAGCACCUGCGUAUAUUGGGCCUCAUGGAUGUGACCUUGACCAUCCCGUCUAUUCCUGAUCAGACUGAAGAUCGAAGAGUCCGUACUUCAGGCUCUCUUGCUGGCCAAUUGGCUUAUGGAAUGGCGGACAGUUUGGGAAAAAAUGAUCACUUGUCCAUCAUUGACAUGGUUGUGCCACGUUUCAAUUCUACCGAGACAGAAACUCUAUUGGGUAUGUUUGAUGGACAGGCAUUGUCCAGUGGAGGUUCGAAGAUCGCCAAAUACCUCCAUGAGAACUUUGGUCACAUCUUCAGCGAUGAACUGAAAAGAUUGAACGCUCUCAACAAUGAAACUCCCGUAGAUGCUCUGAGACGCGCUUUCUUAUCACUCAAUAAAGAUCUUGCCACUGCUGCAACUCAACAUACCGAAGAAAGAUCCUUGCUUUCGCAUAGAGGCUCCGCCGCACCAGCAGUUCUCAGCCAAGCAGAUCUUCGCUCUGGUGGCGUGGCUACCGUAAUGUUUCUGCAACAAUCCGAGCUCUACGUUGCAAAUGUUGGAGAUGCUCAAGCUAUGCUUAUUCAUUCAGAAGGCGGACACCGGAUAUUGACCCGGAAACAUGAUCCAGCUGAGCCAAACGAAAGACAGCGUAUCCGAGAUGCAGGGGGCUGGGUCUCCAGACAGGGAAAGUUGAAUGAUAUCCUCGAGGUCUCCCGGGCUUUUGGUUAUGUCCAACUCAUGCCAGCGGUUCAAGCUUCGCCCAAUGUGACGCAUGUCACGAUCAAGGAGCAAGAUGAGAUGGUACUUAUUGCUUCAAAAGAGCUUUGGGAGUAUCUAUCUCCUGAACUUGUUGUUGAUAUCGCCAGAUAUGAACGUGGUGAUCUAAUGAGAGCCGCACAAAGACUCCGGGAUCUUGCCAUAGCAUUUGGCGCUUCUGGAAAGAUAAUGGUCAUGAUGAUGGGUGUCAGUGACUUAAAGAAGCGUGCCCAAAUACGACCACACCGUGUUCAAAGUCUAUCCUUCAAUCCUCAACUUAUUGUGGAUGAAGGAUACGUUCCUUCCAAGAGACCUAAGAAGAAGACCGAUGACGUCGAUGAUUCAAUGCUCCGCAGGCUACAAGCUGAAGUCCAAGCACCUGUAGGCGACAUUAGUAUCGUUUUCACAGAUAUUAAGAGCUCUACGGCACUCUGGGAAACGUAUCCCAGCGCCAUGCGAUCCGCAAUCAAGCUUCACAAUGAGGUCAUGCGUCGUCAAUUGCGAAUAAUUGGUGGCUACGAGGUCAAGACAGAAGGAGAUGCUUUUAUGGUAUCGUUCCCUACUGCAACUUCCGCCCUUCUUUGGUGUUUUGCUGUGCAAGCAGCAUUGCUUGAAGUCAACUGGCCUGCCGAAGUUGUAACCAGUAAUAUGGGACACGAGGUUUAUGACAGCAAUCAAAAUUUGAUUUUCAAGGGUCUGAGUGUCAGAAUGGGGGCUCAUUGGGGUCGUCCAGUGUGCGAGAAUGACCCAGUGACAAGACGUAUGGACUAUUUUGGUCCAAUGGUCAACCGAACCGCUCGUAUUUCUGCCGUCGCCGAUGGUGGCCAAAUCACUGUUUCAGCAGAUUUCAUCUCUGAGAUCCAACGAUGUCUCGAGACAUAUAGUGAAAGCGACCGCUCAGGAUCUACGGGCUCAGAAGAUACUUUCGAUAGCGAUCUCAUCAGUCAUUCAAUUCGUCGUGAGCUGCGCUCCCUCAGCAGUCAAGGUUUUGAGGUCAAGGACAUGGGAGAGAGAAAGCUCAAAGGAUUAGAAAAUCCAGAGUAUAUCUACCUCAUGUACCCGCAUUCACUUGCUGGCCGAAUUCACUUCCAGCGAUCCAUAGAAGGUGAGGCAGCCGUCGUUGAGGAGGAGCCUGCCACCCUUGCUCGCAAUUCAGAAUUGAGCAUCGAUACCGAGGAUGUCUGGGAUCUAUGGAGGAUCAGUCUAAGGUUGGAGAUGUUGUGCUCAAGUCUAGAGGAGCCUCGAGGUUCUGGGAUACCUCUACAGCCUCCUGAAACGGCAAUGCUUGAAAAGAUGAGGAAUAGAGGUGGAGAGGUAACUGACCGCUUCUUACUGAAUUUCCUGACUCAUCAAGUCUCGAGAAUUGAGACAUGCAUCUCUGCAAUCGCUACCCGUCAUCUAGCAAUUGGCCGAGCAGCCAUCUCCGACCUCGAUCAAUUACGCGCACCAAUGGCAGUCAUUAUGGAGGGUCUUGCAGCCCAGAUGCGAGAACUAGAAAGAUAUAAAGCGUUGUACGGAGCCUUAGAUCCCGUGGGAAACGAACCCGAAGACGAAUUUGAGGUCGUAUAA